AUGCCUCCAAGAAUUGAUCCUACUCGCAUCACAAAUGGUGAUGUUGAUUCUGUAUAUUACGUUCACCCGAGUGAAGGUCCACACUCUGUAAAUAUCGCACCUCAACUCAAUGGUUCGAAUUACAUUUCUUGGUCCCAAUCCAUGGAACGUGCUCUAAGUGCCAAGAACAAGAUUGCGUUCAUCAAUGGCUCCAUUCCUAUUCCACGUGACACUGAUCUUAAUCGUCUUGCAUGGGAACGCUGCAAUUGCCUCGUUCACUCUUGGAUCAUGAAUUCUGUGAAUCCUCCUAUUGCUCAAACUAUAGUGUUUUUGGAAAAUGCUCUCGAUGUGUGGAAUGAUCUCAAGGAAAGAUUUUCCAAAACCGACCGUGUUCGUGUAUCUAAUCUGCGUACUGCAAUCAACAAUCUCAAACAAGACUCUAAAUCUGUGCUUGAUUAUUUCACUGAAUUACGAGGUUUUUGGGAGGAGUUAAACUCUCAUAGGCCAAUUCCCAGUUGCACUUGUCCUCAGCCAUGCAGAUGCGAAGCUAUGCGUAGUGCUCGUGAAUUUCGUCUCGAGGAUCAAAUCAUUCAAUUUCUCACAGGUUUGAAUGAUACAUUUUAUGUCAUCAAAACUCAAGUUCUUUUAAUGGAUCCUCUUCCUUCUAUAAACAGAGUUUAUUCUAUGGUUGUUCAAGAAGAAAGUAACAAUGUUUCCUUAGUUCCUAAAGUUGAUUAUGUACCUGUUCUUAAUGAGGCUAACACCCUCAUCAAUGCCUAUGAUUCAAAAAAUUUGUUGAUCAUGGUAAAUCUUCACACUAUAAUAAUAAUUCUUCUAACCCUAGAAAAGAUGGUAGAGUUUGCACAUUGUCACGGGACUGGUCAUACCAUUGAGGUUUGCUAUCGCAAACAUGGAUUCCCUCCCAACUUUUAUAAGAAGCAAACAUCUGCUAAUGCCUCUAGUGCAACUACCAGUGAUAAUCAGUCUUUGGUUCAUAUUGGUGAAGAGGCUUCUACACCUAUCCCUGGUGCCAGCAUUACUAAGGAGCAAUAUGCUCAAUUGAUUGGCUUGCUACAACAAACGAAUUUGUUGCCUUCUUUACAAACCACAUCUUCUACUAUCAACCAUAUUUCCACUCAUUCUGGUCCUUUACCAAAUGAGACUUCAGGUAUAAUAUUUGUGUCCACUAUUACUUGUGUUAGUCAUGCAAAGCCUGAUUAUUGGAUUCUUGACUCAGGAGCCAAUGAUCAUGAUAUGAGAACCAAGAAGAUGAUUGGUUUGGCUAGGCAAAUUGAAGGACUGUACAGACUCAUCACUGAAGUUGGAUGCCUUGCUACAUCAUUUUUCUCAUCACCAAUUACCAGUUCCAGUCCUUCCUUGUCUAAGUCUUCUAUUUCCAUGAAUAAUUGUACAAUAAUACCUAAACAAGCAAUUUGGCAUUUUAGACUUUGCCAUUUAUCUCAUGAUAGUCUCAAUCAGUCUCGAGCUACUCAGCCUUAUGAGCUCUUACAUUUUGACAUAUGGGGUCCUGUCUCUAUUAAUUCCAUACAUAAUCAUAAAUACUUCUUAACUGUUGUUGAUGAUUUUGGAAGAGCUCUCCUUUUUCAAUCUAAUCUUCCCAAAUCCUUUUGGUCUUAUGCUGUCAAUUAUGGAGCUUAUAUUAUCAAUAGAGUUAAUACACUCUUACUCAAUAAUCAAUCCCCUUAUCACAUGCUCUACCAUUCCCCACCUGACAUUAGCCAAGUUAAGGUAUUUAGUUCUCUUUGUUAUGCCUCCACUCUCUCCCACCAUAGAACCAAACUUGACACUCGUGUUAUAAAAUUAGUCUUUCUUGGUUAUGUUGUUGGCUAUAAAGGCUCUAUAUUACUUGAUUUACAUACACACACUAUCUUCAUUUCCAAAAAUGUCACCCAUCAUGAGCACAUCUUACCUUACACUAGUCCUUCUCAAAGUCCCACACAAAAUUGGCAAUACUUCAGGUCCAUAACCAACCAAAACAAUCCUGAUUCAUCAACAUUUGAUGAUCCUCCAUCUAUCAUAACCCAUAAUGAUUCUCCUACAGGAUCUUCACAUUCAUCUCCUAUUCAUGAUCAAACCCUCUCUCCUAAUACUUCUACUGUUCAACCUAACCCUACCCCUCGUGUUUCUUCCAGAGCAAGGCAUCCACCAUCUCACCUCAAAGAUUAUGUCUGUGCAACCUUCAAUGAUGCACAAACAGAUUCAUCUUCAGGUACCCCUAAUUCCAUUUCUAAUUUUCUGUCCUAUUCAAAUAUAUCUCCUUCACAUUCUCGUUUUAUAUUUUCUAUCUCUACUAACGAUGAACCUAAAACCUAUAAAGAGGCAUGCAAAUUUGAUUGUUGGAAUCAAGCUAUGAAACUUGAGCUUGAGGCUCUUGAGAAUACUGGUACAUGGAAAAUUGUGGAUCUUCCAUCCAAUGUGAAACCAAUUGGCUGUCGUUGGUGUAAUACGGCCAGUCUUAUAUGGUUUGAAAAGCUGAAUUCUCUCCUCAUUGGCCAUGGUUACACACAAGCUCCAUCUGAUCACUCUUUGUUUGUUAAGAAAACAUCAUCAUCCUUCACAAUUUUACUUUUCUAUGUUGAUGAUGUAAUCUUGGCAGGUGAUUAUCUACAUGAAUUCCAACUCAUGAAGAAUAUUUUACAUCAGGCAUUCAAGAUCAAGGACCUCGGUGUUCUCAAAUAUUUCCUUGGUUUGGAAGUGGCUCAUUCGAGCAAGGGCAUAUCUGUUUGUCAGCGAAAAUAUUGUCUUGAUCUCCUCAAUGAUUCAGGAUUUUUAGGUUCUAAACCAGCUACCACACCUUAUGAUCCUUCCAUCAAACUGUGCCAUGACAAUAGCCCUCCUUUUGAUGAUGUUCCUUCUUAA